AUGACCCUUGAUAACAUAUACCAAAAAAAGAUGAAAGAAAAACUUCCAGAUACAUUUGGAGCAUCAUUUCAGAAGAUGAUUUGUUAUGCUGAAAACAGUUUAAAGUCUUCGGAAUUAAUAAGUGCAAAUGUCCCACAUGGAAUCCUAUCCCCUGAAGACGACCCUGCUAUUCUUUAUGACAUAAAGGUCAACUGCUAUGGCCCUGAUGACACAAUCUACAACAAUGAUCCAGAAGUUCGAAAAAAUAUUCCUCGUGGUGUAACACUCUUGGAGUUUAAGGGACUGUUUGAUUUAGUGAUCUUUGCCAAUAAAAAAUUUACUGGUGGUAUUGGUGAUGAGGAUGAUAAACAACCGGAAACAAAUGAUCUAUGGAAACAAUAUUGCUUAGAAGAUCCCAAUACUACUACUUCUAAAGUAGUUUGUAUGACUAAAGUGAAUGGUGAAUCAGCUCAUUUCAGUGGCAGAUACAUUAAUGGUAAAUUUUUUUUAAUUACUGGGAGUAAAAGUGUUCAUAUGUUAAUUGGAGAAAGGGAAGACAUUGAGCGGUAUGAUGGAGAACGUUAUGUUGUUGCUAAGGUUGUGGCCAGAUCACUGUGGGAUACAUUGAAUAAUAUGAAUAUUAUGAAUCGACAUUUGGUAUAUAGUAUCUUACACUAUACUAAAUGUACAGCUGUGUGUGAGCUUCUUCAACCUGACAACCAACAUAUUGUUAACCACAGUCACUUGGAUAAGCAUCAACUCAACGUUAUCUGUUUUACUCCAUUGUACAACGAAUAUGAAGAGACAAGCCUUCAUGCAUUACCUCCACACUACACACUCAACCUGUUUACGGCAUUAGGCUUUACAUCUCCUGCCUAUUCAAUAAUUGAAGCUAAAGAUGUAGUGAAACACCAGAAUAAGGUGCGAAGUGAUCUUUACAAAGAAGGUGAAGUUUUUUAUUUUCUAAAUGAGAAUGAAGAAACAAUUGGAAUGAUAAAAGUAAAAACAAGAUGGAAAUGGGGACAAGUUUUCUACAGUGGCUAA